AUGAAGGCAGCUACAACGGCAGGGGUAAAGAAAGCGUUUAGAGAAAAUAUACUGGCGCGAUUUGGUGUCCCGAAAAUACUAAUAACCGAUAACGAAACACAGUUUACAAGUCACCUAUUCCGACAAUUUGUAAAUGAGCUAGAAAUUACGCACCAGACCACCGCCCCAUAUUCGCCCCAGGGCAACCCUACGGAGCGUGCGAAUCGCACCAUAAAAACAAUGAUCGCACAAAGCACAGAAAUAGAGCAAAGACGUUGGGACGAGGCUUUGCCAGAAAUAAUGGUAGCUAUAAACUCAAGUAUUUCUACUUCUACAGGUUUCACGCCAGCAUAUGUCGUCCAAGGGAGAGAACCUCGGUUACCAAGAAACUUAUACGAUGAGGUAACUCUGGGCAUUGGGAAGAAGUCGGAAUCACCAGAUAGUAAAGCACGUCGGCUUAUCGAAAUUUGUGGGAUAGCCAAACGAAAUAUGGUAAGGGCAGCACAAGAUCAAUCAAGACACUAUAAUUUACGCAGACGGGAAUGGAAACCCGAACUUUGCGAGCUGGUAUUGACUAAAACACAUCCACUAUCAAAAGCACAGGAAGGUUUCGCGGCGAAAAUUGCACAAAAGUUCAUAGCACCUUUUGAGAUCAUUGAUUUUACGUCGCCACUCAUAACCAAGUUGCGGGAGAUAUCCACAGAUAAAAUCGUCACGUCACACGUGAGCCAAUUAAAACGAUAUCAGGUCUAG